CGCAGCGCUCCCGCGUUACGUAAGAACGUAACCUUGACGUAAGACCCCAACACGUGCACUGUACCGUUAACGCCGGCUAACGCUGGUUUAGCAUUAGCUCAUAUCUGUGUUGAGAAGAUAAUAUAACAAUAACCUCACCGGUCGUCCGUUAAAUAAUGUCCCCGGUUACUCUCAUCUCUACGCCACCAUUUGCUGUAUAGCUAAGGUAACUAACUAAAGUAGAUAACUAACUGUUUCCUUCAGCUCCCAUCUGCAGACAUGCUGACUGCUGUGAGGUGUGUUCUGUCUAAGCUGGUCUCUCCUCUGUGGAGGACUGCAGAGCUGGAUGGAGAAGGUGUUUACUCCGACUCAACAGGCAUGGAGGAUGUUCGCCACCUGCGGGGUAGUGUGGUAACCCAGCUGUGCCUCGACUAUGGCAUGAUAGACGAUGCAAUCUACUUCACCAGUGGAGAGGUGUUGGGUGGGAUACCACUGAAAGAAGGGGACCUGGUGAACUGCAUAGCAGCACGAGAUGGUGCCCAAGGGGGAUGGAAAGCUUUACGGGUGGAGAAGAGUGCAGAUGCUUGGGAGGAUGGAGGAAGAACUUCCCUCGAAGCCGACAGUAUGCAGCUGCGGCCUCUCAUUGGCACAGUCACAUCAUUUGACGGAGAUGGCGGCUACAUAAACCAGACCACAUACUUCCCACGCUGCAGUCUAUGGGAAGGUUAUGAGCCGAUGAAAGGAGACUGGGUCCAAGCAAAAUAUUGUAUCAACCCUACCCAGUGGACCACCCAGGCUCGUUCUGUGGUCCCUUUACGCUACCGCCGCCUAGACCAGGUGCAAGUGACCAGCAUGUAUGGUAGAAAUGGCGUGGUGGAGGACAAUGUGUUCUUCAGCCUGGACUCUCUGCUGCUGCCUGCACACUACCAGCCUCUGCCAGGGCAUCUGGUCAACCUAGUGAUGGUGGAGAGCAGCCAGUCCUUUUACUGUUGGAGGGCCCUGUGCAUGGCACCCUGCCAUCAGAGUGGGAAUAUUACUGCUACACGUCUCCCAGAGGCUGAACUCCAGAGCAUUUUGGAAAACAAAGGGGGUCUGGAUGUAACGGACUAUGGCCAGUUUGCGGAUCUGAUGAUUGGGGAGAGACAAGAGCUGGUGCUCUGGAUACAAAAUAAAAGUUCAGAGACCCACAGGCUGAAGCUCUGUGCCUUCGCUGGCUGGGACUCAGAGGAACAGUUCACUCUGGUUCCUGUCAAAGGCUCCGCACCACUGAGACGGAAACGACAGCCUUUACAAGAAAACUGCUCAGAGUCCGAAAACGGCUCAGAGUCUUCAGAAACACAAGUCAGUGAUGCAAAAGAGGAAGAGAAAGAAAACGGUGAGGUGCUGAAGGAGACUGUUCAUUCCCUUGGUGUCAGGAGAGAGGAGAGAGACUCGGAUAUUCCACCAGGAGAGAGGUUGUCUAUUGUAGUAUCCUGCCAAGCAAAGAGCCUGGGAAGCUGUUCUGAGCUGCUGUUACUGCACUUCUCCUCUUUGACCAUCGGGAGGCGCCUGGAGGUCACAGUGGGUAGUAAAGAGCAGAACCUGCUGCAGCCGUCAGUGCCCUACAGUCCCAGAGAUGCACGUCCUGUGGACUCAACAGAGCCUGCUCACGUGAUCACCGUCUCCGCUCCAAAAGACCCACCGAGGCUCACCAAGCGGCGGCUGCCAAACUUCCUGCCUAACUUCCCGCUGCCCCAUGCUCUCAGAGACUGUGUGGAGGCACAGAGCGACGUGCUGGUAGUUCAGCCCUGCCUCGGAGAGGUGCUGUCACCGUCCAACAUGCGUUUGCGUUUCUCGGUCCUUCUCUGGCUGGAAGAGCUGCACGCAGAGAGGGAGAUGAGAGAGUUCACCAUCAACGGGGCCCUUCUCAGGAAAGGAGCGGUCUACCUGCACCUAGAGGUCCUCGGGUUGGCUGAAGGCAGACCCAGUCUCAAUAUAAGUGACAGAAUAGUACUGAAGAAACCACAGAGUGACGGCAUGGUAAUGGAGUACGUUAGUUAUGUCGCAGAGAUCAAUGAUGAAAAUGUGAGUUUGAGAGUGAACUCAGAGUUUCAGCGCAGCUACCUCGGAGAGCCACUUGAUGUUGAGUUCUCUUAUAACAGGUUGACCAUGAGGCGAUGUCACAACGCACUUGAGCAGACAAAACAGUUUGGGGAGAUUCUCUUCCCCUCUAGAGCGACCGUUCAGGCCCCUCAGUGGACAGGAACGUGGGUAGAGGAGCCAGACCAAAACAAAACAACGCAGAACAACGAGGCUCCAGCCACGGAAAACGGAAAUGUUUCGAGCAUUUCCAUCGACAUGAAGUCAAAGGCCACACAGACGAAAGAUGACAGACUGCCGUCCAAGCCCAUCCCCAGCGCGGGGCACUUCUUUAACCCGGACCUGAACCCCCCUCAGAGAGAGGCCGUGAAGAGUAUCCUGGCAGGGGAUUGUCGGCCCAUUCCUUAUGUGCUGUUUGGACCUCCAGGCACCGGAAAGACCAUCACCCUCAUAGAGGCCAUACUACAGAUUUACCACUUUCUGCCCAGUAGUCGGAUGCUCGUGUGUACUCCUUCCAACAGCGCCGCUGACCUCAUCUGCAUCCGCCUACAUGACAGCGGUUUCCUGCACGCUGCAAGUUUGGCCCGCGUCAACGCGUCCUGUAGGCAGGAAGAGUUCAUCCCAGAAGUGCUGAGGCUGUACUCGCGGGCAGGAGAGGACAUCCGUCACGCCUCUUUUCACAGGAUUGUGGUCAGCACCUGCUCCAGCGCCGGCAUGUUCCACAAUAUAGGACUACAGGUGGGACACUUCACCCACGUGUUUCUGGAUGAAGCCGGCCAGGCCACAGAACCAGAGUCCCUGAUCCCCAUGAGUUAUGUAUCUGAGAGAGAUGGACAGAUAGUGUUGGCCGGCGACCCCUGUCAGCUGGGUCCAAUAGUGAAGUCCAAGCUGGCUGCUGCCUUUGGCCUGGGGGUGUCUAUGUUGGAGAGGCUGAUGGCCAACCCGCUGUACGCCAGACAUGACUGGGGAUACAACCCGAAGCUGGUCACCAAGCUGAUCUACAACUACCGUUCCCAUGAGGCCUUGCUCACGUUGCCCUCCAAGCUCUUCUACAAGAACGAACUGUGUGUUAAAGCAUCGAAGGUCACAGUAGAGACUCUCUGCCAGUGGAAAACCCUGCCCAAAAAAGGCUUCCCACUCCUCUUCCAUGGAGUUAGGGGCACAGAGAUGAGGGAAGGUAACAACCCGUCGUGGUUCAACCCAGUGGAGGCUGUACAGGUCAUGCUCUACUGCUGCCAGCUGGCCAAGAAGCUCUACAACCCCGUGGACGCCGCUGACAUCGGCAUCAUCGCCCCCUACAAGAAACAAUGUGAGAAGAUCCGAGUGCUGCUGGGUAAGGUUGGUCUGUCUGACAUCAAAGUGGGCUCUGUGGAGGAGUUCCAAGGACAAGAGUUCCUGGUCAUCAUCAUGUCUACGGUGCGCUCUAAUGAAUCGGUACAGAGCGAUGAUUUGCAGAGCGCGCUCGGCUUUCUGGCCAACCCCAAACGCUUCAACGUGGCCAUCACUCGUCCCAAAGCCCUGCUCAUAAUUGUUGGAAACCCCCACAUUCUCAUCAGGGAUCCAUGCUUCAGGGCUCUACUGCAGUACUGUUUCAUCAACGGGGCGUAUCUGGGCUGUGACCCCCCUCCCUCCCUAAGAGACUCUCAGAUAGUUGCAGAGCAGCAAAGGACAGCAUAAGAGGACGAUGUAAUCAUGGAUGUUGUACCUCGGCUCUGUCAACCUGACUAUCGUGUUCUAAGUCCCCCCCCCUCCUCCUUCACAUUUCCUUGGCUUGUCUCUCUUUUGACUGUUUGUAUCCGUCUUAAUCAGUGUUCACUGAAUUGGUUUGAAAAGAGAAAUUUCUUGUUUCUGUGAAAGCCAAAUGCAGUUUCCAUUCAGGGGGGGGGGUAGAAAUAAAGAUGACGCUUGUGUACACUGCACAUUA